CUUGAAGCGAAUGAUUCCAACAAGGGAAUGCAUUUGAGACUUCCAUCGCCUCAUCGUUUCUCUUGACUUUGAGACAACGAAACACAUGGCCGUUAGCUUCGCCUCGGUUGCCAUAACACCCACCAAGUCUACCUUGUUAUAUUUCCGUCACCCCAAAGCCUCUUCUUUCAAGCCCAAUCUUAUUCGUAUGUCAUCUGCAGUAUCAGGACAAUCACCACCUAGAGGACCGAAGGUGAAUGAGGGCGUUCAGGAAAAAGCAGGAUGCGAGAUCUCUAGCGUUCCAGAUGCCUUCAGCUUCAACAGCCUAGCUCUGAACAAAGACUUGAACCGUUUGAACCGUGCCAUCAGCGAUUGCUUGAAUCAAUUGACCAGAUCAAAAGCAUUUGUGUCUGCUGAUGAAAUCGCUGUUGUAUUAAAUGUUUUGAAGUCUCUCGAGCAAUCAGAUUCCAAGUUGGACAAGUUUCGAGAUGAGAUGGUUAAAAAAGCUCAAGAGCUUAAAAAUAUUUUUAUCAAAAUGGAACAACAUUUAAAAAGAGAAAACUAGAUAUGCGUCCUUUCUUGGUGAGAGCUCGAAUGAUUAGACAAAUAUAUGUGUGUAUGUGUGUUUGAGUGGUUUUUUUUUUUUUUUGGUAA